AUUCGUCAUCUAAAUAAUAAAAGCGAAUAUAAAUAAUAAAAGCGAAUAUUUCGAUAAUAUUAUGUCCGUAUCUUCUGCAAUGUUUUUAUUCGAAGUUGUUGUAGAAAGCGUAGAUAGUUUAGUCCAGAGUCAGCAAUUCGUUAUUAGAAGUGACUUUGCUGAUAUAUUUUCCCUGGAACUAAAAGAUCCCAAACAGCUGCAUAUCCCUAUGCCUGAGCCCUUACCUUUACCCUCCGAGCCACCUGGAAAAAAAGGCAAAAAGAAAAAGAAAGCAAAGCCUAAGAAGAGAGGAAAGAAAGGUAAAAAGGAUAAAGAAGUAGAGCCUCCGCCAGGUCCCGUGAUACAAUCAGGGCAGUCAGUUUUAUUUUCCAGCACAGCGGAAUUCCUCAUCCAAACAAUGAAAAAGUUUCCGCUUGAAUUAGCGUUAUGGAGUAAAGAGGACCGCUUUACACAUAUCGGUAGUGCACUGAUUCCUUGGGAUCUGAAUUUCUUUUCAUAUUUGCAAAAAAUUUUCGAAUGCGGUGAGGUACCACCUCCUGUAAAAAUAAACGAAACAUACAAUAUAUUUGAAGAAGGUACCGCUAAAUUAAUGGCAAGAGUAGGUAUUCAAAUUAAAUUAACUUAUCUAGCAGACAAAAUUACUACUGCUUUCCGCACACUGUCCGAAGAUCCUGCAAUGAUGCGAAUUCUUUAUACCGGCCUUAAUUCUAAGACAACAUCAUUUAUUUGUAACAUGAAGAACAGAGACGAGGAGAAGAUCGAUCAUACAUACGUCAAAGAUGUGUCGAAGCCAGACAAAAUUGAGUUUGCCUCGUAUAAAAAUGCACCGAGUGCAAACCUUACGAACUUUAAAGACGAAAAUUACUGUUGUAUGAACGAUGCUGACAAACCAUCUUCUACGGACUAUAAGGUAUCCGAGCUGGCUCCAGACAUAGAUUUCAUUAUAGACUAUGUUAGAAAGAUAAUAGUGUCUUGUAAUAAUAACAUGCGGAUGCUAACGCCGCGUCCAGUUCUAAAGCCGAGAGCGAAAGCUACUGAUCUUGACAAACUGUGUUACUGUCGAGAAUUAAACUGGCCUGAGGGAGAGACAGCUGCAAGAUUUAGAGAUGAAAUCCAGUCAUCGCCAUGUGCUGUCUGUGCAAACGCAGCGGAAGAUCUUGAAAAGGCUCGUAGGAACACAAUUGAUCUCACUAACAUACGUGGCCCUUGUGGAAGAACGGAUUGCAGAAUAGCUAGAUAUAUGAAAUCCUAUAUACAAGAUCUCAUUGAAGAAGACAAUCAGGAGAUUAAUAUAAAUGACGUCGUCGGACCGUGUGGGAGUAAAGAAUGCACGUUGGCAGAUAAAAUCAAACAAAUUCUACGCCACGAAGGUCUAUUUAAGAAAGGUGCUACAAAGGAAGGUUUAUCCACUCAAUGUGCUUGCAUUGAUAGGUUACAAAAUGCACUCAGUCAGGGCUCUUGCUUAGCAUCUUGUCCUAAGGAAUGUGAAGAAACUGACAGUUAUUGCCAAGGAAACAUUUGUCCCUACAAAGAACCAAUACAGAACGUAUACAACGUCUACUAUUUUACCGUAGAAUACGACUUUGAUGCUAAUAGUAGCGGAAAUAGCACGUCCCAAUCUUCAAAAUACAAAUACUGUUCAUCCGCAUGUCCAAGUUUAAAAGAAUCGAAAGUAUCAAAAUCGUUUUGCUCCAAAAGCAUUUGCUCUACAACUUAUACAGACAAGACAAAAGAAAUUGAAUGUCAAGAUUCUAGAUAUACUAGUCUGAAUAUAACCCCAGCGGAUAGUAACGUUGAAAUACCUUUAGACGAAAUUCUUAACCCGUGCAAAUUAGAGUCAUGCAUUAUAGCUGACAAAAUAAAAGAUAUCAUAGUUGAUGGGGCUAUAAAUAAAAAAAUUAAAACGACCGAUACCGAACAUUGCUUUUGUGAAUGUGUAUGCGAUUUGAAUUUUUCUCGACAAACUACUUACUGUUCCGUAUGUGGAGGAUACGAGUGUUUAGGUGAUGACACUAAAGAUAUGCCGGAUUUUUUAAGACCACAACCUUGUCCGAUAUUCCAUAAAACGUACAAUAAGGAUUUAUUUAAAGUAAAAAGCCCUUGGCCUGAAAAACCUGAUAAAGAAAAAAUUCAAGAGGACACAAGAAGCUUGCCUUCAUAUCCUAGACGGGAAAUAUCGGAAAAGAAACUACCCAUAAGGCUAGCAGGUACUAGAGAUAUUCCAGAUUCUAAAUCUGAAAAAGGAAACAACGAUAAACCACCGAAACCUAAAAAACCUGCUCGAAUAAGGAAACCAGUCGGGAAGUUUACUGCUAACGUCAAAAGUCCACCCUAUAAAAUUGUUGCCGAACCAAAGCCUAAGAAAAAUAAAUAUUACCGCUAUCCACCAGUCCCGAAAGAUAUGGGUUGGAAAUGGGAUGCAAAGUCAAUACUUGGAUUGGAACCCCGGCCACAAUGGAAACCUGGAGCAGCCAAAAAAACCCUGGUUAGACGAUACAGAGCCGUACGAGAGGGUGUAGAUAAAACAGCCAAGAAAAAACGAGCAAUGAUGCAAAAGAAAAAGAAACUAGAAAUGAAACCCACCUUAGUGGUUACUAAGAAAAACGGAGAAUACACGGUCCAAAUGGAAAUCUUUAAAGUGUUUUCAAAGGAAAGACUUCCCUACCAAUAUCCUUACGAUGAAAAACUACCUUUAGUGUACACAAUUGGAAAAACUGAAGAAGAAAAACGUAAAAGUGAAAAGCGACAGGAGCGAAAAGAACGUAGAGCAACAAGACGUAGACUUCGUUUUGUACAAUCUACAUUCAGAGACAAGUGUCAAGAAAUUUGCUUAAAGACUUAUAAUCAAGCAAUAGGCGUUUUGCCAAAACCUAAUGAAAGCGAUCUAGAAUGCCCGUGUCAAAUACCAGCAGUGCAAGACAUCCAGUCCGUGGGCUCGUGUUCCUGCUCCGAUGGAGAAUCUGUAUUGUCCAGUGAUACUGACGACGAUGAAUGGGUUAUAGAGUUUACGCCACCUGCUGCGCGGUUUGAUCCCAAAUUCAAACAUAAACCAGUUUAUGUCGAUAGCAAUACCCAAUACACUUACCUAGAUUAUAGAGUAAAAAUAUUUGAUAAAGCAGGGAACCCCGUGCCGAGAUUCUUCAAAGGCCCCGAUGGAAAACAGGAGUGUAGCGAUUUAGGUGGUUUCUGGGGUCUUGGCCACGUCUGGUUAGAAAUCAAUAGGGAUGGGUAUAUAGGACCUGAUAAUCGGUGGGUGCCCAAUAACUUCACUGGCCCAGAUGGAAUGUCGUACUCGGCACAAGAUGGCACUGUUACAGACAACACGGGAAGAUUCCUGAAAAUUGGAAUUGAUGGCUACAUAGACAAAGAUGGUAAAUGGGCAUGGUACUCGAGGGCCAGGCAAUUAAAAGGCUCUCACUCCGGACCCCUAUCGAAUAAAAACCAUAAUUUAAAAGCUUACGUUAGUAAUAAACGUGACAAAGAAAAGCAGAACAAGAAAACUACAAGCGCUAAAGAUGCAAUAGUAAGUAAAGAUAAAAGACCGUUUCCAAAAGGAUUGUUGAAUGCAAAACCUUCCGAUCACACUCAGAAAUCAAAGAAAUCCGUAACAUAUUCAAUAGGAAACCGAAAAUCGCCUAUCGUAAUGACUGCAUCUGUAAAUUUUAACAGAGCAAAAUUGGCACAUUCCAAUAAAAAGGAAGAUGUAAGUGAUAAAGCUGCUAAUAAGUAUAACCAAAUAAUGAAAGAGCUUAAAUUGUACGACGAAACAAUUUUUGAUUAUAAUAGCAAACCUUUGGUGCCUAUCAAUAAAGCCUCUAAUACACCAAUGAAAAAUCGAUUCAAGUACAAAAAUAUAAUGUCAUAAUAACAUAGCGACACGAUAUAAUAAAACAUAGUAUAAAUUCAUUUAAGUAUCAAUAAAAUGUUAUUUGUAC